GAUUCAACAGCUUCAGCCCUCGUAAACAGAACCAACCGGACCCAAAUACCUGAUUCAGCCCUCGACGCUCUAUGCCUCCUUUGCGAAAUUCCCACCCCGGACCAGCUCUCACAUUGCGCUUUAAUCCCAAUAUCAAAUUUCUAUUUCCAAAGUCAUCCCACUCCACGGCCCGAGAAGGACGCUAGACGCUAAAGGGUUCGUCAGGAUGAGUGAACCAGUUGUAGAUGAAGCUGCGCAGGCUCCUCCUGCUCCUACGGAAGCAGCGAACAAGCCACCAGCUCAAGCAAAGAGCGACGCCACCAAUCCAAAACCCGCGGAGGCUGGGGCGCCAAAGAAGCUCUCACCAGCAGAGCUGAAGAAGCAGAAACAGGCAGAGAAGCAAGCACGAAGAGCGCAGCAAAAAGCGGGAGGAGAACCUCCGACUCAGCAGAAAGGACCACCGCAGAAAGACGGCCAGAAGCAGCAGAAAGACUCGAAGCAAGCCCCAAAAGAUGACAAAUCAAGGCCUCUCCCAGUCCGGAGACGGCCUUCUCAAUCGAGCGUUCCGGCGCCAAAAGAUUUGAAAAAGGAGGCAAAGAAGGAUUGGAAGCAGGUCGGCCUCUUCUUCGGCCACUUGUACAGCCAGCCCCGGCAGCAUUCCAUGGUGGGAGCCUCGAAAGACGUACAUCCGGCUGUGCUCAGUCUGGGCUUGCAGUACAGUAGCUAUACUGUCUGCGGAAGUACUGCUCGCAUGGUUGCUAUGCUUUUGGCAUUCAAGGCUGUCAUCGAAUCAUAUCAGACUCCUGUAGGGACGAGUCUGGCCCGCCAUCUCACCAGCCAUCACCUCAGCCCGCAGAUUGACUAUCUGCGAAGUUGUCGGCCGCUUAGCAUUAGCAUGGGGAACGCCAUUCGAUGGUUAAAAGACAUAAUCAUCAAAAUUGAUCCUUCGACACCUGAAGCAGAAGCAAAGCGCGAACUGCUCGAAGAAAUUGAUAUGUUCAUCCGGGAGCGCGUUACAGCAGCCGACAAACUCAUCCGCGACCUCGCUGCCACAAAGAUCGAGCCAGGCGACGUUAUCCUCACAUACGCCUCAUCUUCCAUAGUCGAACAGACUAUACUUCAAGCCCACAAGGCUGGCGUUCCAUUCUCAGUCAUCAUCGUUGACUCAAAGCCACUAUUCGAAGGCAAGCAGCUCGCUCGGAAGCUCGCGAAUCGGGGCAUCAAUGUGCGCUACUAUUUCAUCACGGGUGUCUCGCACGCAGUCAAGGAUGCGACCAAAGUGUUUCUAGGCGCCCACGCCAUGAUGUCGAACGGCCGCCUCUAUUCCCGCGUGGGCACGGCCCUUGUCUCCAUGCUGGCCAACUCUCACUCCCUCCCCGUCAUCGUUCUCUGCGAAUCCGUCAAGUUCACCGAAAAGGUCGCCCUAGACUCCAUUGUCGGGAAUGAAGUCGCCCCAGCCGAAGAACUCCUCUCCGAGUCCGAGAGAGCGGCCCUCAUCCCACUCAAGUCACAACUCCCGCAAACCUCCUCGAAAGCAGACGACAAGACCAACCCCGAAGAGACCAAAACCGGCACCUCAGACGUGCUCAAAUGGAUCGAGGGCUCCGAUAACUUGCAUCACUUGCAGGUGCUGUACGAUGUUACGCCCGCUCAGUAUAUCAAUAUGGUCAUCACGGAGUAUGGCAGUCUGCCGCCGAGCUCGGUUCCUGUUGUUCACCGGCUGAGUACGAACACCUGAACCCCUCUAUCAUGGAUUUCUUUUAUUCUUAUACUCGUGAUUUGUUGGAAAGAUUACUGACAUUGGAUAUCAAAAGGGACCGAAGAGCAGGACUCAAAGAGCAAAGAGGGCGAGGAGUAGCGGGUUUUGAGAGUGGGGGGAAUCGAUGUAGACCAUCAGUGUGGACUGUGGCUGGCGGGCAUGAGCAUUUUGCUUUACUAAAGGCGCUCUGGAGGUGCAAAACUACGGCGUCUUUCGAAUAGUAUGCUUCUAAUAUGUCCUGCGUCGGUUACCAAGCAUGCUAAAUGGCCGAAGUGGUGUCAAGGUAUAAAGAGGACGGGUGACAUGGAUUCUGAAGAGGGGGUCCAUAGGUGGGUGUAUUGUGUUGCGUCUAUGCCAUUCAUUUGACCGCCCGAAUCCCAUCUCAUCCCGCGUUUGGUCGGGUAUCAUGCUGCUUCACCAAUG